AUGCGACCGUUCACAACUCUCGUCCUCUUGCUCCUUCUAAUAACACAAACAUGUGCCAUCUCGGAAGCCACCUACGAGUUGCUACAGUUCCACUCCCAGCUGUCAGACAUUGCAUACUGCGUACAAACGAUGCGUGGUCCGACACAGCUCAGGCAUCCUUUCAAAUGUGGAGUCCAGUGCAGAAAGACGCAGUUUGAAGGGCUUGAGGUGGUCCAUACGUUUGUGCACAAGCCAGCCAGACCAGCCCUCACAGGAUACAUGGCCGUGGAUCACACAAACCAGACCAAAUACGUGGUGUUUCGUGGCACAAACUCGCUGGAAGACUCAAUGCUGGAUUUGUCUUUUGGCUACGAACCAACCGCUAGCCCGUCUUUCCUGAACGAUACUUGUCCCGAGUGCAAAGUUCAGAGAGCGAUCUUGGAGGCCUACGACGCAUUCUGGGCAGAAAACUGUGACCAACUUUCGGACUUUCUGUACGAAGAUUAUCCCCAUUACUCACUCUCUCUGACAGGACAUUCAUUGGGAGGGGUGGCAGCGGCGCUCCUGGCCACAGAUAUCAAAUUGCAGGGCCUGGAUCCACUUCUCAUAAACUUUGGCCAACCGCAAUACGCGAACUUGGCUUAUGCACAGUUGGUGGACUCUUUGUUCUUCCCACAGACAGACAAGGAGGUCAUCGAUCCACUUUAUGACUCCCCACAACGGCGUCUAUACAGAGUGACGCAUUGGAACGACCUCUUUGUCUCGCUUCCAGGACAACGUGGCUUUUUCCACUCCCUGGGUGAAGUGUAUAUCUCCUACCCAUGGGUGAAGCCCCCCAGACGAACGAUACGAUACUGUGAGGGGCCCCAGUCUGAGUAUUGUCAUGGAGGCGACUACAAUCCGCUUGAGCGAGCAAACUUCCUCAAAAAUCACCUGGCCUAUUUCGGAUGGAUAGGUUAUUGCCCUUAUCUGUAA